CUCAUACAUACUCUCUGUAGCACCUUCAGCAUCAGCAUAAAUUGCCUUUUAAAUAGUGAGCUCUCUUACUCUCACCACAACGCCCAUAAAAGCCAAGCGUCUUCUCAGCUCUUUCUACACAUAUCUUCAAAUUAACAAUUGGCCAUGGCUUCCCUUCUUCAACCAAACACCAGUCAUUAUGAAGUAAACCAGAACCCAAGAGCUCCACGUUCAACAUCUUUAGAGGUGGAAACCAUUGAUAUUGGUCUUGUGCCUGCAGCAGGUAACAGAGGAGGAAACGUCGUCGUUAGAAGUAUGUCGGUGGAGGAUGGUGUUUUCCUGACAUGGGAAGAUUUGUGGGUGACUGUUUCAAACAAAAAGAGUGGUAGCAGAUCAAUACUUGCGGGUGUGUCUGGUUUUGCACGACCAGGCGAGCUCUUGGCCAUAAUGGGUCCUUCCGGUUGUGGCAAGUCUACCCUCCUUGAUGCUUUGGCAGGGAGAUUAGAAUCAAACAUAAGGCAGUCGGGGGAAAUUCUAAUCAACGGCCAUAAACAGGCGCUGGCUUAUGGGACCUCGGCAUACGUGACACAAGAUGAUACUCUGAUGACAACAUUAACGGUGAAAGAAGCCGUGAAUUAUUCUGCUCACCUGCAACUUCCAGACUCCAUGUCAAAGUCAGAGAAAAGGGAGAGAGCUGAUACGAUAAUCACAGAAAUGGGGUUGCAGGAUGCCAUGAACACAAGAAUUGGCGGUGGGUGGGGAGCCAAAGGCAUCAGCGGUGGAAGUUCCAGAAGCAACCAAGUUUCGCACGACAUGUUUGGCUUAUCUAUAAAGGUGGAAAUAUUGUUUAAAGAUAUAACUGCCACCAGAGAGGGAUCUUGGGCACCAUCCAUAGGGUUGGUUCCUAAUGAUAUUGGUGUUAUAGAUGGUGUAGAUGUAAUGGUUGAUGAAGAUGGCAAUAUUUUAGAAGGUUUAGAUGUUUUGGAUGAUAAACCAAAUCUCAAUACACAUGGCAUUGAUGAUAUUCCUACUGAUUUAGAUACGCGGGAUAAAGAAAAUAAGAAGUUUGGUCUUGCGGUUCAAUGUAAGAAUAGAAAGAAAAGAGUUCAAAUCGUUAGUCAACAUUUGAGUCGUAUUUGUGAUGCAAUAGAAAGUAAGAAUACAGUGACAUCUAAGAGCAACGAUAAACCUGGAUGUAAUAUUGAAGAGGUUAUGGAUGUUGUUUGGGGGAUUGCUGAAAGGGAAAAUGACAUUGACAUCCUUAAGUUUGCAGCAGAGGUAUUCUUAAGAGAUCACAUAGAGAGAUGUUUGUGA